AUGGCGGCCUUAACACCUGCAAUUGCUAUGUGGAACACGCGCAAUGUCGCGGACCAAGAGCGUUUCAACCAGUUACUGGCUGAUACGAUGGAUGCUGCAGCAACCAUGGCUGUAAGUGCUAGGUCAGAUUUCAAAUACUUUGCGACCAGAGAGGCGAAUAUUUCAGGGUUUCAAACACUGUACAGCCUUGUGAAGUGUACACCGAACUUGUCAAGCGGGGACUGUAAUGCAUGUCUGCGAGGAGCCAUAGCGGCUCUGCCCGAUUGUCGCAGUGGAAAGCAAGGGGCAAGAGUGCUGAAUCCUAGCUGCAACAUUAGACAAGAAGUUUCCCCGUUUUAUAAUAAAACUACAGUUGCGGCUCUGCCACCUCCGUCUGUGCUUACUCCUCCGCCCACAGCAGCUUCAGGGGCACUUGGUAAAUCCCUUGAAGCGUAUUUUGAGAUGCCAAAACUUCAGUGA